ACGUCACCGUCAAACACAAACAAAAGUCAGAAAUCUAGAAUCGAGACAAUAUAAUAUAUGACAUAUGUAAUUCAAUAAAUCUGAAUAAAUUAAUAAACACAAUAAGUAUGUUCAAGACUUCCAGUAACUUCUAAAAAGGAAACUAAACUUGUAACAAAAUAAUUCAUAUUAUAUUGACAAUUUACACAAUUAUGGAAUGGUUUUUGGUUUUAGUUAAUUAACUUCACAUUAAUGUGUACCUACAAUUUUUUUUUUGUGGCCAAUAUGGUUUAUCAUAAUAAAAUUUAAAUGAAAACGAUACGUAUAAAAUGUUACCAGGAAUAGGUGUGUUUGGUACUGGAGCUGUGGCUAAGAUUUUAGUACCAUUCCUACGAGAUAAAGGGUUCUCAGUCGAAGCGAUAUGGGGAGUAACGCUACAAGAAACAGAAGCUAUAGCAAAAGAACUCAAAAUUCCGUUCUUCACAAACAAAAUAGACGAUGUUCUUUUGAAGAAAAAUGUCAACCUCGUAUUUAUAGUUUGUGCACCAAAUUUGCAUGCUCAGAUAUCUGUGAAAGCUCUUGGUAUCGGGAAGCAUGUCGUUUGUGAUAAACCUGCCGGUCUGUGUCAAGCAGAGGCUCUGAAAAUGGUUCGUGCUGCACAAUACUACCCCACAUUAAUUUCAAUAGUGAAUCAUUCACUUAGAUUCUUGCCAGCAUUCAGCCAUAUGAGGAAGAGUAUUCAAGAAGGCUAUCUAGGCGACCCCGAAGAACUAACAUUAAUAGAUGUGCGUGUACAAAUGGGACCACUAAUUGGGGAGAGCUAUAAUUGGUUGUGUGAUGAUACAAUGGGAGGAGGUACAUUAACUUUAGUUGGGAGCCAUGUGAUAGACUUAGUGUCAUUCCUUACAGGUCAGAAGGUUGUGAAAGUGCAUGGUGUGUUACGGACGUUUGUAGAAGAGACACCUAAGGUAAAUGGCAUAAGAAAAAUAUCAGCUCCAGAUUUUUGUACAUUCCAAUUACAAAUGGAAAAAGGAUUGUUGGUCACAGCAACAUUAAAUAAUCAUUUGCCAGGCCCUUGUUUCAACCAAGAAAUAUAUGUAUGCAGUAAACGGGGCUAUCUGGUUGUAAGAGGAGGUGACUUACACGGAAGAUUACACAAGGCUACUAAUAAAAGUUACUUAGAUGAUGAAGGAAAGAGACCACAUGAUGAAGAUGUAAUUUAUGUUGAUGUUGAGGAUUUGAGUUGUGCAUCUAGUGUUAUUCCAAAACCAUAUGUCAAGGGUCUUUGUAAAAUGAUAAGUGCACUGAAAGAGGCAUUUUUACCUGUAAAAGAGCAGAUGGAUUGGGUCAAGGAGCCUGUGAGAGCAGCAGCGACAUUUGAGGAUGGACAACGAGUACAAGCUAUCAUGGAAGCUUUACGUCAAUCAAAUGAAGAUGGCUGUUGGACUACUGUUCAAUUGUUAACAGAACCUCCAGAUCCAAAUCCAGCACUAUCUGCUGCAGUAAGGCGUACCGCCAUAUCUUUACAAUAGUUAUGCAUUUUGUUAAUGUAAUGAUAUGCCAUGUUUGUGUACCUUUGAUUUAUUAUAAGCAGAUUUUAAUACAAAUUAACAGUAUUUCAAUAUAUUAAAAUUAUUGCUUAUUUUAUGCUGUGUAGAUAAUUAUUUAUUUUUAAAUACAGCACUUCAUAUUACCAGACAUGUUUAACUAUAAAUGCUUAGCCAUAAAAUAUAUUUUGUAUAAUACAUUGCUGUCAAGUAAGUUCUUUGUUUCAUAGAAAGACUACAGUAUUUUUAAAAUUGUAUAGAUUGUAAGGACAGUGUUUAUUUAUUAAGCUUCUUCUGUAGGCCCAAAAAUAUGCAUUUCAGUAAUUAUUAAAUUGUAAAGGUUUUUACUAGUAGGAAUAACACACAUGUUGCUCACAUAACACCUUAUAAAAGAAGUUUUGCAUACAAACAAUAAAUCACAGCAUAAUUGAACUGUACUU